UGUGAAAAGUUUUGUAGAAGCCACUGGAAUAACACUGACACCUACGGAAUACUUAGAACUGAUGAAAAGUCUACCGAUUGAUGAUGAAGGAAAUAUAUAUGAAAGCAGAUUGAUAGACUGUCUGAAAUCUUUCGAAGGUGGGACAUUUGAUGUCAAUAACUUAGAAAGUGUUUUGGAAAACUUGCAAAUCAAGCUCUCAGAUGAGAAACUUAAAGAUUUGUCAGAAACCCUUCCAGUUGAUGCCUCUGGGAAGACUAGUCUGCAGAGACUGCUAAAAGAAGUAAGAAAAUUGACAGGAGGGAAAAUUGAUGCCAAAGUCAUACAAAGAGUGCUGGGGAACAUGGGCAUAGAGCUCUCAAACAGAGAGAUGAAUGAGCUGCUGAAAAGGCUGCCUAUCACUGAUGAUGGGAAAAUACUUAAAAACAUAUUACUUGAUCACAUGAAGUGGUUUUCUGGGGGAAAGUGUCAUGUCCCCAAACUGAAUGCCAUCCUGGAAGAACUGGGCUAUGAGCUGGAGGAUGAGGAAAUUGACGACCUAAGGAACCGUCUGCCAAUUGAAGAUGAGAAAGUUAAACUGAGUAAGAUGAUGGAAAAUGUAGAGUCACUCACUGGAAAUAAAGUGAAUGUUGAUGGAAUACAUGGUAUUUUCAAAACCAUAGGGAUAGCACUCACACCUAAGGAACGCUGGGGACUGCUGGAGACUCUGCCUGUCACCUUGGAUAAUAAGGUGUAUCGCAACCGAUUGUUGGAUGGUGUAAAAACUUUUCACAGAGGGAAAGGUUUUACAGAUAAACUAGAAAGCAUUAUGGAAAACUUGAAUUACAGUGUUGGAAAAAAAGACAUGAAAAGUCUACAGAACUUCCUGAAAACUGAUGGUACUGGGAAGUUCUCACUGAACUCCUUGGUGAAUGCAGCCAAUUUGUUUUCUGGUCAGAAAAUGAAUGUCAAGGAAAUACAACCAUAUCUGGAAAGCUUAGGCAUUGAAUUAACAGACAGUGAAAGCCAGAUGAUACAGAGCACAGUUCCAUUAGAUGAUGAAGACCUGGUGUAUAAAAAUGUGUUGAUGGACACUCUGCGGACCUCCAGAAGUGGAAAAGUCAACAUGGAUAAAAUUGAUGAUGCUAUUGAACACCUAGGAUUUCCUCUUGAGGAAGAGGAAAUAGAGGAAUUGUCUAAAAAUCUACCAGUUAAUAAUGAGAGGAAAGUCCAAAUGGAUUUGCUUCUGAAAGAAGUAGAUACGAUUUUAGGGGAAGAAAUUGACUAUAAUGACAUGGACAAUGUUCUUAAAAACAUUGGGCUAAGACUCCACCUAAAGGAAAACAAUGUAUUAAUGAAAGGCUUGCCAGUUGAUGCUGCCGGGAAGGUGUACAAGCACAAGCUGAUGGACAGUGUCAUGUCCCUCAAAGGACUGCAGCUUGAUUUCAAAAAGAUAAAGACUUUCAUGGAAAGUAUGGGUUAUGAACUUGAGGAGAAUGAAUACGAAGACCUGAUAAAUUACCUGCCUGUUAAUGCUGAUGGAACGGUUAAUGUUAAUGAGGUCAUGGAAAAAGGGAGUCUUUUUACAGGUGAGAAGAUUGACCUAGUGGAACUGGAUGAUUACCUGGAAAAUAUAGGGAUAAAACUCUCAGAAGACAAGAUGAUGAAACUGCUGGACAAACUGCCAACUGAUGCUGGUGGAAAACUGUACAAGAAAAGGUUGAUAAAAGAGCUGGAGAAUAUUCAAGGGAUAAAGAUAUCUCCAAAUAAGGUGGAAGAAUUAAUUAAAAGUGCAGAAAUUAAUCUCAAUGAUAAAGACAUCCAGACACUGAUGGACCAUCUGCCAGUUGACCGUAAUGGGAAGGCUGAUUUCCGUGUGUUGAUGAAUGAAAUUAAGAAGAUUACAGGAGAAAAGAUUCAUAUAGAAGACAUAAAAGGUAUUCUGGACAACAUGGGGAUAGAAAUGACAAAUAAGGAAAACAAAAAACUGCUCAAAACUCUACCCAUUUCUGUUGACAAAACACUGUUUAGGAAAGAAUUACUAUCUGGUGUGAAGUCCUUCAAAGGAGGGAAGGUUAACGUCCACCACGUGAAAAAUGUUCUUCAAAAGACAGGCUUCAAACUGGAAGCAAAAGAACUGAAGGACCUGCAGGCUCACCUGCCAGUGACUGAACAUGAAAAGGUUGACUUGGAUGUAUUGAUGGAUGCAGCAAAAUCUUUCACAGGAGAAAGGGUUGACACCAAAGACUUAAAAAACGUUCUUGGAAGCAUGGGAAUUGCACUCACUGAAAGAGAGGAGUCGAGGCUGUUAAAAUCUCUGCCCAUCGCUAAGGAUGGGACUGUCUUUAAGAAACGAUUGCUGGACAGUGUGGUGUCCAUCAAAGGGAAGAAAGUUCACAGCUCUAAACUACCAAUCGUUUUGAAGGCUGCAGAAUUUGAAUUUGAGAAGGAAGAUUAUGAUGACCUGAUAAAUCACCUGCCUAUCGAUGAAAAUGAAAUGGUUGAUUUAGAUGUGCUCAUGAAUGAAGCAAAAACUUUUACUGGGAAGAGAGUCGAAGUUGAUGAUCUGAAAAAUGUGCUGAGGAAAUUGGGUCUGGUGCUCUCCGACAAAGAGUACAAGGAUCUGCAGAAAGCCCUGUCAGUUUACGCUGGUAAGAAGAUAUAUAAGAAGCGACUGCUAAAGUUCGUGAAGGGUCUCAAAGGGCCACGGGCCAAAAUUAAAAAAGUGGAAUCUCUCCUGGAAAACCUGGGAAUUAAGAUGAAAGAUGAAGAACUUGAAGAACUAAUAGCCCAACUGUCAUCUGAUGGUAACAGAACAGUGGAUCUGACUGAACUGUUGGAUGCCAUCAAUUACAUCAAAGGAGAAGCAAUUGACACCCAGAACUUGGGCAAGUUCCUAGCAAAUGAGGGGAUGGAGGUCACAGAGGACCAGAUGAAAGACCUGAUGCCUUACCUGAAAUUAAACGAAAGUGGAAAGGUUACCGUACAAUCAGUAAUGUCGGGCCUGAAGAAGCUUAAACAAAGAGUCUCUGGCCCCAUGGCAGUUUCAGGAAUUAAAUCAACACUGAAGCUGAAGCCCCUAAAAGCACCCAUCUUUCACAAGAGAGAAAAAGACUUCCGGGGAUCUCUUCCAGGCCACAUACACCACAAAGAAGAGAAGCUGAACCCUUCACAACUGGAAGCCUUCCGAAAUGCUUACAACUUCUUCACCAAGGAUAAAAGUGGAUGUAUUGAUUCACAUGGAUUGAUGGCCACCUUAACUAAACUGGGGAUGAAUCUAAACACCUAUGACAUCUAUAACGAAUUAAAAUGUGCUGAUCUUGACAGGGAUGGUAAGAUCAACUUCUCUGACUUUAUAGAGGUGCUGACAGAUAAGAAACUCUUUCUCAAGGCUGUGGUCCCAGAAAGGAAACCAUGUUUGGAUUUAGCUAACAACCCAGGGAUCUUAUUAUUUGAAAUCCUAUCAAAACUUGUAGAGACUUCAGCCCUGCACAGAAAAGACAUAAUAGAGCUAGUGAGCUAUUUCCGAAAAAAGUUCCAGGAAAGCUACUCAGAAACCCUGUACAGUCCGUAUGGGAAAAGGGGCUUUAGGGCGGAUGUAUGCACCCCUCCACGCUCUAGCACCGCUGCCUUUGCCAAUUCCGCCAGGAUCUCCAUAAUGAAAGAAAGGGAUUUGUAUAAGUUUCUGGAUGCACUCAAGCGGUGUGAUCUUCCUACAGGUAGCCCGUACUCAAAAGUCCCUGUCUUUCCAUUGUUCCCUGAUGUGGACGGGGUGGUGAUGGGAAGACCAUUCAAAGACAUACAUAAGUUAGAGAUGCUAAAGAGAAAGGAGCCUCUGAGUUUCUUUGAGGACUAUUUUUUCCAUAAAAAAGAUUGGAAAGCACAGGCCGCAGCUGUAAAACCUAUCAAGUCUGCCUCAGGCUAUUCAGAUGACAUCUUAGCCAUUGACCACCUAUUCAAGAAGAAGCAGCAUUGGACAGUAUCUGAUGCAGCGGCCAUCAAACAGCAUGUAAAGAGAGCCACAGAUACCUAUAACUUAGGAAUUGCCCUUGAGCACCGGAAAGAAAUGCUGAAUCUCUGGAGAAAGAUCCGAGGGGAUUUGAUCGGGAUCGAAACCAACAAUGAGUCCUUUUACAACACCUUCUCUACAUACACAUGGUCCUGGAAUGUCUGCCAAGAGCUGCUUUCCCCUAAGGACUUGCGGUUGCACGAUGCCUACAGAAAUUCCUCUGGCAAUUCUGGAUUAUCUUCCCCAUCAGAUCUCAGUGAGUGUGACCUGGAGACAGGAAGGAAGAGGAGACGGAAAGGGUUCAGAGGUUUUCGGCAAUGAAAAGUCUACAUUUUCUAAGCAACUCUUCGAAAACUGCUUUCCAUAGUUAUCAAAAUUAUGGUUCCUUGAUUUUAUCUACUUCAUUCUACCAGGUAGAAAUUUUGACAUCUUUUGGAUCCCAACCAGUAAAAACCUUUAAAUCACA